GCACAGGGGAACAUCGCGUGGAGCUGCACAAAGUCGAAAAGCAGAGAGAGACAGAGACCCUUUUUGGUAAGUGAACGCCAAAGAGACCGUAGAGAGACAAAAAAGACACAGAAAAUGAGAAUCACAAUAGAGACCACCAGCUUUCACACGAGCACUACUGACUAAUGACUAUACACUACGCAAAAACAUCAACAACAAAGUUUUCAUUUUUUUAUUAUUAUUUAUUUUCAUUCAUUCCCUUGAAAAGCUCAGGCUAAAACGGCCAAACAAGAAUCCCUUCCAACCCAACUCUCUGUCUUUUUUUUGGUAAAAGGCGAUAAAAACUCUCUGUCUUUCUAUUAGAUCCGCGUCUUUUCUUUUAAUCAAUGAAGGAGCGCUUGUGGGGUCCAUUAAGAUCUCUGGGUCUUCCUUCUUUUGUUGUCUAAUGGGGUCUUUCUGUUGAUUUUACUUCCCUUGUUUUUGAGUUGGGUCCAUAUAUAAGUGGUGUGUUUUUUCUUCCGUAAAGCUAGGGCUUUUAUAUUCCUUUUUUGGUUGUUGUAUGCUGAGAUGCAAUCGGGUAGUUCCGAAUCCGCGAGCCCGAGAACCGAGCGGGUCCAGUCUUUGUCAACCCCUGAUACGAGAGGGAAGCAUCGGAUACAAGCAGAGCUGAAGCGGCUUGAACAGGAAGCUAGAUUCUUAGAGGAAGAGCUGGAACAGCUUGAAAAGAUGGAAAAGGCCUCAGCUGCAAGCAAGGAAAUGCUAAGCAAAGUGGAAUCAAGGCCUGAUCCUUUGCUCUCAGUAACAACUGGCCCAAUAAAUCCAUUUUGGGACCGAUGGUUUGAAGGCCCACAAGAUUCAAAAGGUUGCAGAUGCUGGAUAUUGUGAUGAUUAUAGUGAAAUUCAAGAACCAACUUCCAUGAUCAUAUUUUGGCAGACGCUUUAACUUACAGACAUGUAACAGCCAUAGGGGAAAAAAGAAAAGAAAAGAAAAACCUUUAAAUUAGUUUCUUACAGCUUGAGUAGAUUUUCUGUGUCAAUUGGCAAUCAUUUGGUGGAAUGCUUCAUUGUGCAUAUGAGGAUUUUAUAGCAAAACUUUCUCA